GUACCCUCAACUGCAUCUAUCCUUCCAGGCAGCAGCCUGUAGCAGAAGUUGUAAAUCGCGCCAAGAAAGAUUAAAACGCCUCAGUCGACCACAACUCUUCUAACAAAACCUACAAAAGCACCAGGUCCUCAGUCACAGGCAUCAGAGCAGUACCCUUGAUAGAUCCUUUUUUGGACUGAAAUUUAGCAGCACUUGCAUUGUAAAUUUAUCACAGGCUAUUUGAAGAGACAUAUUGUUGAAAGCACGCCAUUCUUUUGGAAAUUGAAUGGAGUUUGAAUAACCUGCAUAGUGAAAGACUUGCUCGGCCCAUCAGUAUUGCAAUCCUUUGCAGGACAAGGAGCAUCGAAGACGACACAGACACAGACAUCAAGACAGCGGGUGUCAUACCGGUUGUGAGGUCGACUAUGUUGGAUGUCCCUGACCUCGCUGUCACUUUACAUACCGGGUGAAUCCAGCGUGCGCGCAACGUGCAGGUGAAGUUCAAUACGACAGCUUCAAGUACCUUCCGACCUCACUGCAAGAUAUCUUAGGCUUGGCGGAACUGCGACCUGGUUCCUGCCUGCAACUCACUCUCACCCCGAUUCAAUUACUCUCUUACUCAUGUCUCAGAAAAAGCACAAGCCACACUGGCAAAGAAAGCAAGAGUCGUAAGCCCCUCUUCAACAUCUCGUCCCGUCUCAUUCUUCUUCGUUUCUGUCCCUUUAUCAUUCGUUUCAUCAAGCCAACCUGGCAAUGGCGUCCACCAUGUCAGCCAGCACCAUGGUCAGCGGCACUAGGUACGGAGUCACUGAUUACGGAGCCGACAGAUACGCCAACGUCGACGUGGGUAUUAGCAUCGAAUGUGCCAACUGCUCCAGAAAGCUUUUCCGUUCUCGAUACUCCAACAACCAAAUCCAAAAGUUUCAGGAGAAAGUCUACCAUGCACGCCGUGGUGGUGAAGCGGCGGAACUCCCAAGAUGCAGAGACUGCACUGCCGACAACAGAGUCGAACUCAAGUGCACUGGUUGUAUGUUCACCAAGGGGAUUGACUGCUUCGCCAAAGCACAACGCAAGGACCCAGACAACGCAAAAUGCUUCCCCUGUCAACAAGAAAUCCAGGACCGCCUUCCGGAUCUCAAAGAGUCGGUCGAAGAGGAGCAAAUCCGUGAAGACUACCGAGCAGGUCGGCUCGGACCAUUCCCAGGAAUGUCGAGCGUUGGGUCCGCUCUUCCGAGCAUUGAUGGGUCGAUCACUGACUCUCGAAACAAAUCUCACGUCCAGUCUGUCACCAGUGAUGGCCGUGUAAGAAUCGUUCAAGAUGGCGAGUCGGCUUGGGGAGAUAAUCGAUCGACUGCCCGUUCAACUUCGCCAACCAUGUCGACCGUGUCCGGAUACAAAGCCCACCCAGUCUCCGAUCUCUCUGCCCCACGAGUUGCUUCUGCCUAUUCGACCGGUACUAAUCGACGAGGCUUCCACAAGACCGCAGCUUACAAGGCGUCUACUCAAGAACGCGUCUUCAGCCAGAUCCAACGCGAGGAUGUGCACAAGAACCAGACGCAGGUCUCCAAUAGGGAUAUCUCUGAUGAUGAAGAAGAGUGGGAGCUCUAAAGAGACAAGACUUUCAACAUGGGCAGGAAAAUUAGUGACUAGCCCGGUUUCAGGCAUGGCAUCUCCUCCAUCUGUGAUACACCCCAUCGCUGCACCAAGGUGCCCCAAGGCUGACACUCAUAUGUUGUGAUUCGAAGAGGAUGGGCGGAUGUGCUCAGUAGCCAUGAAAAUCAAGAUCAUGCGCAUACUACUUUUGGGCUAGACAUCGGGUUCAAAGCAAGCUGCAGCUGCGAACAAACCCAAGCUAGACAUCAGAGAACAAGAGACAAAAGUACUUCAAUAGCAUCAUUGGACCUCAA